CAUCGCGAUCAUCGCGAUCGCUCUGGUGCCUCUGGUGUGUGUGAGCUUUACGGUUUUGUUGCUUUUGACCUUUUGACGGUUCUCGAGCUCUCAAGGCUCUCAAGUACCUAAUGUAAUCUGUCGUCUGCCUUGUCGGUUUUAUCAGUUAUUGGGAGUGGGUUGUGGUAGAGUAAAGAAAAGGUCGGAGUACGGCUUCAGAAGUAACAAUGGAAGUUGUAAAGAUGCUAAGUCAUGUAAAUGACACAAUUGGAUCUCUUGUAUUAUCGACAUGGCUCGGAAACUUUGUUGUAAACUUGCAAGACAAUCAGGGCAUAUACCUAUUAAUAAUUGGCUUGUUUUUAACGGUUGUCAUUGGCUGUACAUUGGUGCUUGCUCGAAAAUGGAAAAACAAAGAAUUCUUGCCAGAAGUAAAAGAAUUUGUAGGUGUUGGAUCAACAAGACCUCGCUUUAGAAAAAGGGAUAAAGUUCUGUUCUAUGGCCGUAAAAUGCUACGGAAGGUGAAAUCAAUAUCAGGCCAAGUUCAUGGGGUUCAAGGCAAAAAACGUAAAAUGGUUAUGAGGUUUGCGAGAAGAUUGUUGCAACUUAAAAAGGAUUCAACGCCUGUACAACUUACGGUACUGGAACCCCCAGCAGAGUACCUAGAAGAAGAUGUUACAAGUAAAGAUGACCAGAGGGUUCCUCCUGAUGCUCUUUAUAUGCUGCAGAGCAUCAGUUUCAUUUUCAGGGUGUUUGGCCAUUUUGAGAAACCAGUGUUCCUGAAACUCUGCAAGCAUACAGAAAUAAUGAAUUUGCCUGCAGGAUCAUACCUGUUUAAAAUUGGUGAUCCAGAUGAGAAUGUGUAUGUGAUUCAGAAUGGCAAAGUUAAUGUGUUCAUUACUGGAUCAGAUGGUACCACUAUUUCUUUGAAAUGUGUGAAGACAGGCGAAUCAGUCACGUCACUUCUUAGCUUCACAGAUGUACUGACGGGACAUACCAAUCCAUACAAAACUGUGUGUGCUCGGGCUAUAGAAGACUCAACAGUGGUCCGACUUCCAAUGGCAGCAUUCCAGGAAGUUUUUCAAGAAUACCCUGAUAUUUUUAUCAGAGUAGUUCAAGUCAUUAUGGUUCGAUUGCAAAGGGUGACGUUUACAGCACUUCACCAGUAUCUGGGGCUCUCUACGGAGCUUAUGAAUCCUGGCACUCAGCGUAGUAAAAAGCAGAGUCCCUUUGCAGGUUCUCCUGUGAGAUCCAGAACAAGAGAUAACAUUGUACCAAAGGAAGAGAGCGGAAUACCCAUAGGCACUUCCCUGGACAUGCUGUCUGGGGCAUCACCUUCUGACCAGGUUGACUUUCUGUCUUUGGUGUCCGGUAUGAAUCUCCCUCCCCAAACACUCAAUCGCAUUAGGUCAAGAUCUUGUCUGGAGAUGAAAUUGCCGUCAUCUCAGUUUCAGCCACAACCAGAUAUGCUUCCAGAAUUUGAUCAUCAGCAGCAAAUAUCUCCCCAGGCUCCUGAUGUACAGCCGAAUGUAAGUAGUUCAAAGCGAAGAAUUGCUGCUGUCCCAGAAUCAGUAGAUGAAGAAACCUUAAUACAGAUUGCCACAGAAACAUUUGUGAAAGAGCUAGGACUUGAAGAUGACACUGUGCUCCGUGGAGGAAAGGUGGAAAUUCGUGAGGUACCAGCUGGAACAUACCUCAUGAAAGAAGAAUCCCACAAAGAUGUAGCUUUGAUUUACUUGCUUUCUGGGACAUUAGUUGUCUCUCAGAAGAUAGCUGAUUCUGGGCAGGAAGUCACAAUGUUUGUUGCCCAUCCUGGAGAAAUUGUAGGUGGAUUAGCUGUCCUCACUGGAGAGCCAAGUUUCUUUUCCAUUAGAGCAAAACAUGCAUCAAGGAUAGCUAUGCUCUCCAAGAAUACAUUUUAUAGCAUUAUGCGAGACAGGCCGCAAGUGGUAUUACACAUAGCUCACACAGUUGUAAGAAGGUUGUCGCCCUUUGUACGUCAAGUGGACUUUGCUUUAGACUGGGUGUUUGUAGAAAGUGGACGUGCUGUUUACAGGCAAGGAGAUGAAUCUGACAGUACUUUCAUCGUUCUGAGCGGCCGACUUAGAUCCGUUAUAACUCACAGUAAUGGAAAGAAAGAAUUAGUGGGUGAAUAUGGCAAAGGAGAUUUGGUGGGAAUUGUUGAGAUGGUGACCCAAACCCCUAGAAGUACUACUGUUAUGGCUGUGAGAGACUCCGAACUAGCAAAGCUGCCGGAAGGAUUGUUCAAUGCUAUUAAACUUCGAUUUCCAAUCGUGGUUACUAGACUUAUUAACCUCCUUGGUCAUAGGAUUCUAGGUUCUUGGCAGCAACCAAACAUCAAACGUACAAUGGAUGCGCCACCUUCACAAGGCAAUUUCUCGACUGUUGCAAUUGUUCCAAUAUCAGAUGAUGUUCCUCUCACAGCUUUUACAUAUGAACUGUACCACUCACUGUGUGCUAUCAGCUCCACACUACGUUUGACAUCAGAUGUCAUACGAAAAUCCUUGGGAUCAUCAAUUCUUGACCCAAAUAAUGAAUACCGGCUCACAUCGUGGCUUGCACAACAAGAAGAUCAGCACAAAAUUGCUCUCUAUCAGUGUGAUAUGAGCUUCACAGCGUGGACUCAGCGGUGCGUUCGUCAGGCUGAUUGCAUAUUGAUUGUUGGUCUGGCAGAUAAGGGAACUGGUAUUGGCAAGAUUGAAAAGGAGGUAGAACGCUUAACAAUACGUACUCAUAAGGAGCUAGUAUUGUUACAUCGUGAAGGAGCUGAUCGACCCAAGAACACAGUGUCAUGGCUAAACAACAGGAGUUGGGUUUCCACACAUCACCAUAUUCAGUGCAGCAAGAGAAUGUUCAUCAGGCGAUCUCAGUAUAGAAUAAAUGAGUUGUACAUGAAAGUGCUCACAUCUGAACCACUCAUCCACACAGAUUUCUCACGUUUGGCAAGAUGGCUGACUGGCACAUCUGUAGGGCUGGUCUUGGGUGGAGGAGGCGCAAGAGGAGCUGCACAUGUUGGCAUGAUCAAGGCUAUUCAGGAGGCUGGAAUUCCAAUUGAUAUGGUGGGUGGUGUUAGCAUUGGAGCCUUCAUGGGGGCACUGUGGUGUGCAGAGAAGAACGUCACCACUAUGACACAGAAAGCACGUGAAUGGUCAAAGAAAUUAACUCAGUGGUGGCGCCAACUGUUAGACCUGACCUAUCCUGUCACAUCUAUGUUCUCUGGAAGGGAUUUCAACCAAACUAUCUUCAGCACAUUUGGAGAUACACACAUUGAGGAUUUGUGGCUGCCAUACUUUACAGUAACCACUGACAUCACAGCCAGCUCUAUGCGUGUCCAUACCCAUGGAUCAUUAUGGCGAUAUAUACGGGCCUCAAUGUCACUUUCGGGCUACAUGCCACCCUUGUGUGAUCCUACUGAUGGACAUCUUUUGUUGGAUGGUGGAUAUGUCAACAAUCUCCCAGGUUCGUUGUGGCGUUACGUGCGCUCCAGCAUGACAAUAGCAGGGAUAUUUCCACCCUUCUGUGAUCCUAGGGAUGGACACUUACUCGUUGAUGGUUGCUAUGUCAACAAUGUGCCAGCGGAUGUGAUGCGAAGUCAUGGGGCAAAACAUAUUCUUGCAAUUGAUGUUGGCUCCCAGGAUGACACAGAUCUCACCAACUAUGGUGACUGUCUGUCAGGCUGGUGGUUGUUAUGGAAGCGCUGGAAUCCAUUUGCAUCACCAGUUAAAGUACCCAAUCUGCCUGAUAUUCAAUCUCGACUUGCAUAUGUAUCCUGUGUUCGUCAGCUGGAGGAAGUGAAGAAUAGUGAUUACUGUGAAUAUAUCAGGCCACCAAUUGACAAAUACAAGACUCUGCAAUUCGGAAGUUUUGAUGAAAUCAAGGAGGUUGGGUAUAACCAUGGGAAGACGUACUUUGCUGGACUAUUGAAGGCAGGUUUGCUGCCUAUUUUUAAACCAGAACAGGGAAAGGCAAGUCAUCCACAUGAGUCAUCAUGCUAUACAUUCACUGAUCUGGCACAGAUGGUAUGCAAGGUGGCUCAUAAUCAGUACAUUGAUGAGUCAGAUUCAGAGGAAGAGUAUGAAGCUGAUGAAGAGGAUGCUCAGGAAGUGGGAUAUGCUUCAGAGCCAGCUGUGGGACUCUCUGAUACUGAGAAAACUUCAUUGCGCAGGAGACGAGUAGGAGGGUCUUUGUCUUUGUCAGAGAACGAACUGGAGUCUGAGAAUGAAUAUGCCACAAAGUCAUAGCAGAAACAUUAGCUAGUGUAUAUGAACUGUGUUUAUAUGAAAUAUAUAUGUCUUUGUAAUUAGUAAUGCAACUGAAACAUACGUCAGUUUAUACAUAUUUUAGGGUAAUAUUUUUCUUUUAGACUUGGCAUUUUUGUAUAAAAUAAUUGCUUCAGAGGACAACAGUGCUUUCUGAAUGCAGAAUUGAGAACAGGAUGUAAAUAUUGAUGAGCUUUUGUGAAAUUACAAAGUGGUGAUGAAGAAAGACAAAUAAAUGGAAAUCAGGACCAUUCUAGUGCAUUGCCAGUAGUACGUGGUGCAACAUUUUGAUCAUCAAGCUGAUCAUCUUCAAUGCCUAAUGCUAUGAACAGAUUAUAUCAGAAAGCCGCUGAAUUACUUGCUUUUGAAGGUGAUGAUGAUGAUGAUGAUGACAGCGACGAAGAAGACAACGGUGUGGUGUUAAUUCUAAUCUAAAUAUCAUAGUGUUCAGUAAUUGAUUGUUAUAGGGAGUGAAACGAAAGUUAAUCUGAAUAACUUGUUACUUUAACAUUGUUUCUUGCUGUGUUCCUAAGAAACUUAAUUAAGAUUAUUCUAUAUUUUUUCAUUUGAUAUUAGUCUUUUAUAAGGCAUAGUCAGUCGCAUUAUAUACUACUGAAACGAGCUCAUCCAUUUUUGUCAGGCUGAUAAACUCACAAAAUGGAUGUUAUUGCAUAAGAUAGGUACAGUGACAUCUCAAACCUGAGAAAGAAUACAAUAUUUGUGGCCUUAGAAGCUUCACCAUAGAGUUGAAAGUAGUUCCAUUUAAGUUAUUUUGAAAUAGACAUCAUUUUAGAUGUUUGAUACUAACGGGCAAACUGUAUAAAUCUUAAUGCAUAAUGAACAAAUUUUGAACCCUCAGAACUAAAUGACACUGCACAUGGAGAUGCCAUAGUUUAAUAAGGAUCCUGUUUGUGCAUAAUGACACUAUAUCGAUGUAGGCUGUAGAGCUCACUGAAAAUGGAAAAAGCUUCAUGAGUCUGUAUGAUGCCAUUACGCAGAAAAUGGAUCCACAUUAGUACUGAACCACCAUGAAAUUCUGAAAUCUAUAAGAAACCUAGGUUGUUGUUAUAACUACUGAAUGUUACAUAUAAAAAGCUUUGUUUUUAACAUGCUAGUCAUUUCUAGUCAUUGAGAUGGCACAUAAAUGAGAGUUGUGUGAAAGGAAAAUAUAACAGUGCAUUUGCAUUUUAUAUGAGGAUGCAUUCCUGAAGGCCUUGCAUAAUUCAAGACAAGUUUUAGAACACGCAACAUGAUGCUUGAUGAAUUGUUUGGGUUUUGCAAUAUUUCAAACUUUGUGCAUAGAGUGAGACUUUAUUAAAAUUUUUAUAUCCCACUAUUUCAGAUUCGCAUAAAAUGUGACCGCAUUGUACAUCAAAUUGUGGUCAUUAUCAUUGAGAAUUUUAAGUUUUGGCAGUGAAACAUAGAAUUAAGAUCAUGUUAAUGAAAGUAAUAUCAUGUUAUCUUCAUUUUGUAUUGCAUUUUAUAUUUUAUUUAGGUCAGUAGACAUAAUGUUUCCACUUUCUUUACUUUUCAUUUUCUUGCCAGCUCUUUCUUCUCUUCAGACAUCUUCCACUACCUUGCUUAACCGCUCUUCUGGAUGUACUGUAUUUUUUCCCCCCUCAUUAAAUAUUAAUUCUAAUCCCUUCUUGGUAUUCAUGUUCUAUUUAUUCAUUUUACAUGGCAAAACCAUUGUAAUAAUUCUAACAGAUUUUUAACUCUCUGUAAAAAUUUGAUCUAUAAUAAUUCUAUGCUCUCUCGUUUUCACCCAAAUACUUCUUAAAAUUUCAUAUUCUUUGGUUGGAUUUUACAUUUGUUUCUCAUUUUAAGGGUUCACAUUAAAGUGUGAUGUUUGAGUGGAACAGGCAGUAAAUAAAAUUAAUGCAUAAAAUUGUUAUAAGUAUCACUGCCAUGAUCUCUGCCAUACUUAGAAGUCAAAAUUUGUGAUUUCCAAUAUUAUGGGUGAAUCACCUGAAUGCAUCGCACCAACCAAUAAAAUUGCUAGUAUAUUAAAUAUUUGUAGUUCAUGUAAUUUCAAUCUGAAAUUUUGCCAUGCAUUAAUUUCAUUUUGUUUGUACAUCCUGCUGAUAAAAUUUCAAUUUUUACAUCUUCAUUAAAAUGCUAUUGUAUUUCAGACCUUUGAGAUGACAAGUUGUAAAAGCUGCAGAAUAUCCACCAAUAUUAAAUUUUGUUACAGCUAAUGGAUAUAUAUUUGUAAAAGGCACAAGCAUGUAUUAAUUAUAAAAAGUGUGAUGGAUGAUGUUAUCUCAUGUGCUUGAAGACAAAUUGUGAAAAAUCUGUUUUUUGGAAUUGUAGGAAGUGCUCAAUAUAAUGGGUAACUAAGUCUGUUCGCUAAUAUGGCCAUUCAUGGAGAAGAGAGAUUAAAUUUCUAAUGAUAGUUGUAAUGAAUUAUUAAGUGAAGAUUAGAAAUAGCAUCAUUUUGUGUGAAGUUUCUUUAUUUUAUUCUGUCACCACAGUGCGUGGUGUGUCCAUACUACCCAUUGUGGUGACAGAAUAAAAUAUAGAAAUAGGUCAACAUUGUUUAUAUAUUUGUAAUUAUGGUCUUUGUAUCAGUUUAUCAUGAUUUUAUACAAAAUAAUACAAAACAUUUUUGAGACUGUAUGUCUCAUUUCAUCUAUAUAUGUUAAGUACUGGAUUUGAAUUCAAGUGGUACUUAGUGAAACAGACAGACUGUAGUAUGUGUUCCUGUUAAUUACAUAUAUAAUUGAAAAGGAAGAAUUAUAAAUCAUAUUGUGCCAAAUGUGUUGGAUCUAGACCAAUACAUGGGUGUGUGUUGAUAAUGUACUGUAUUUGAAAGCAAGGUGAAUAUAGACAUUGUCAAAGCAAAGGUACACAUAGCAGAGCACAGACAAGAGGGAAUCUGGAUGUUCCCUUCUUUUUUUCCUGUGCUGUACACAAAAAUCAAAACAGGUGAAAGGCUGAGCACAGUACAACAGAAGAUUUGUAAAUACCAACAUGAAAUAUAAAGUAAGUGAGUCUUGUAUAGAAUU